AACUUCUUUAUGAAAUAGGCGGACUCGGAUUAUGUAACUUUUGCCAGCGAAAGUCAUGGGAACUAUUGCUUAUUUUCAAUUGUCAGAUAGAUCCAACCGUACGUACAAGUGAAAUAAUGUGACCCAUUCUCUCUUAUUAAAACACAACACGAAUUUCGUUGCCACUGUUUGACGUCGUGCCAGUAGUAUCGCUCCUCUCCCCAAUCACUAAUUUCACACGUUUCCAACAACCGCUUCUGUAUCAGCUCCGACCACCCCUUCUGUCUCAGCUCCGACCACCGCAACUACCUUGUACGACCGUUACCUCCUUGUUUUGUUGCCGUCCUCGAUUUUAAUAAAGAACAGUACAUAAGAGAGAGGUGCAGAGUCUGCAGACUACAAGAAUCUAUAGGUACGUACUAUCAUCGGAGAUGGUCUCAUUGUUAAUUUGGGUGCACCUUCUUUUGCCUGCCUCAUGAUUCUCAUCCCUUUUUUUUUUUUUCAUUUGAAAAUGACAUCUUGCGUUUGAGUCUGCUUUGUUAGUCACGUUAAGUUAACGUCAUAUUCAAUCUUUUAUUAGGCUUUUAUAUUUUCUACUUCUAUAAUUAGGAUCAAAAUAAAGGAAAAUGCUAAAUGGUGCUUCGGGCACUAAUUUAGCAUACUAAUAUGGAAAUUUUGCCUCAAAACUAAUGCUUUUGACCCAUUAAAAAUAAAAAGUUAUUUUUGAGCUUUAUGUUUUAUUUUUCUUUUUUAGUAUACUUAACAAGUAUUCGGGGCACUGUUUAGCAUGAUCUUUAAAUAAAUUAUAUGUAUAGUAGUUCCCGUGAGCAUGACUCAAUUGACAGAGAGAUUGUAAAUUAUUGCAUGGAUUGAGAUUCGAACCCCCACUUUUUUUUUUUUUACUAAAACAAAAUAUUCAUUUCAUUCAAAUUGAUAAAUAACAUAAAACUUAGAACAUUCAAGUUAAUAGCAUAAAACGGCAAACUCAAGCCUACAAAUAAUGUGACGAAAUAAAAGUAACCGAAAUACCCAUGACUUCGAAUCUUCAUUGUUGAUGACCUUGUCAUUGAUUGAAUCAGUGGUUGAUCUGUCAAUUUGAACCAAACAAACGUCCUAAAAAAUAGGAAAGCAAACAAAAGCCGCACGAAGACGGGAAAUCAAACAAACACCGCACGAGGACGGGAUGCACUUAGGCGAAGAAAACAGAAAAUAAAACAAGAAAACUUCUAUGUGAAAACCACUUAUUUAGAAGAAAACAAUGGAAAAAAAGAUGCACAUGGAUGAUUUCGGGUCAAAGAACGACCCCCCCACUUAUUCACCUUAAAAGGUGAAAUUACAUCGACUAAACUACUUGACAAAAAAAAUUAUAGGUACAGUAUAAGCCAAUUUUAUAUUUAUAUCUAAUAAAAAUAAACUAUUAUGCUACAGACAAAAAAAUAAACUAUAAUGCCAAACUAUUAUUCCAAUUUAAAUUGAUAGUAUGAUAUUAAACUCUUCUUAUUUUAGUUUGAAAAAUGUUAUCCUGACAUCAUUGAUUAGUUUUUAUGUUUAUUUUAGUGACAUCAUUGAUUCUUGUUUGCUUGGUUGUUUGAGCUUGUGUUAUCUUUUCUGUGUUUUUGUCAUUAUCCACAUGAUCCAUCCAUAAGUCAAUAUUGCUUGUGUAAGAGAACUAAUUUUUUGUGUAUUUUUAAACACCCCAUUUUAAAUUAAUCAUAUGAUGUAUUUGUUUCAAUGAUGUAGUAAUAAAUAAUUAAGGGUAAGUAGCAAAUUAUAACUCAAACUUGUCCAAGUUGUAGGGUAGUUGCAGUUGUCAAAGUUGUAUAUUUUAGUUUGAUGUGGCUGUGUUAGAAUUGUUGACAUGGAGAGAAUGAAAAGUGAUGGCGGUUCCUCUUCAAUUAGAAGGCGUUCAUUGAGCAUGUCAAGUCAUAGAAGCCAUCACACAGAUAAUGAUAUUGAUAUUGAGAGUGUUUCAGAAGCCGGUGACAUUGGAGAUCGAGCACUUCCAAGCAAAAGAUUCAGUGAGAGCAACAGUUUCCACUCAGAAAAUGGAGGUGUUGAGUUGCAAAGAUUACAUCCAAAUUCAUCUAUUAUACCUUUGCCACAUGAAGUCUCAUCCACCCCACCACUUUCUACUGAUGCAGUAGUUGGUUCUGAAGACUCAUCAAAACUUGAACAUCCUAAAGGUUUGCCAGUGUUUCUAGACUAUGUUUCAUGUAUGGCUCACUUAGCUGUUUUUGGAAUUCUUGGGGUUCUCACAAGAUAUUUACUGCAAAAGUUAUUUGGCCCUGAGGUUGCAAAUGUGACAAGCAAUCAUACUAUUCUUUACCCUGACCUUCCUUCUAAUAUGAUUGGUUCGUUUUUUAUGGGAUGGUUUGGUGUUGAAUUCAAAAAGGACAUAUCUCACGUGUCAGAGCAUCUAGCCAUAGCAAUAACAACUGGUUACUUGGGGAGCCUUACAACAUUCAGUGGUUGGAAUCAAAAAAUGCUUGAACUCAGUGCUUCUGGACGCUGGGUCAUUUCUUCACUUGGCUUUCUAAUAGGUUUAACUCUUGUUGUCGCUUCCAUCGCAUUUGGUAUUGAAACAGCAAAGGGUUUCAGAUGGCUUCUCAACAGGCUGAAUAUUACAAGCUCAGAAAAUUGUAUAACUAAGAUCAACUGCAAAGUAGACAGCUACCAUCGUCAACUGACAGUUAUGGUGAUGUUCUUGGUGAUAUUGGCUAUAUUAUGGGGUGUGAGUGGUGCAUUAGUAAAGGCUAAGUUCAAAAAUGGUGGAAGCGCUGCUGAGUUGUGGCUUGCUUGCUUGGUUGGACCUAUUGGUGUGUGGAUUAGAUGGUUCUUAGCGAGGCUUAAUGGACGUGGAUUAGGAAAGGAAGGUUUAAUGUUUAAAUGGAUGCCAUUUGGAACUCUAAUUGCCAAUGUAUCAGCUGCUUGUGUUAUGGCUGCACUUUCUACUAUAAAGAAUGUAGUGAAUACAAGGAAUUGUGAUACUGUUGUAGCAGGAAUACAGCUUGGUGUUAUGGGGUGUCUUAGUACUGUCUCUACUUUUGCUGCCGAGUUUAAUAAAAUGAAAUUAAGCAGUGAUCCUUGGACAGCGCAUGCCUAUGCUGCUAUUACAAUAUGUGUCUCGUUCUCUUUUGGAAUCUUAAUAUAUUGCAUACCUUAUUGGACAAAGGGAUUUGACAUUGACACGUAACAAUUGGCAAUGCAAUCUUUUCGGUACUUGAUGUGGUGUGGUUGAACCAUUAAAGUUUGGUGGCAACCUCCAUCCUCCUAAUUCCGAAGAUGACAAUUUUUUUGCAUAGGGACUGAGCAGUUCUUAGAAACAUAGUAAUGUAUUUACCACUCUUGAUAAGAUGGUGAUUGUUUUGAGUUUGAAUCCCCUGAAAGCCGCAGCACCGUGCAUUGCAGGUAGAGAUCCAAAUCUGAUGGUUUUAGUUAUUAUUUGUCGUGACGGCUGAUUCCGUGGUCACAGUUUCAUCAAACUUUCACCUAAGCUAAGCCUCAUCACAUAUAAAGUUCUACGAGCCUUCUGUUAUUAUGUUGAGUGCUCUUUUGCUUUAGGCAUUUAGCAUUAUUUCUCAUAUAUUAUAAGGUGAGCUGGAGCCUCUUAAGCAAGUCAUCAUAAGUUUUUUUUUUUUUUUAAGUAAAGCAAGUCAUCAUAAGUUGUAUACUGCAUAAAUUUCUUUUAUAUUUAAAAAAGAAAAAACUUAUUAAUGUUAUGCUAUAUCGUAUGUAUUACUUUUGUACUUGGUUAUAUUUAAAUGCUGUCAACAUUGUUGAGAUGAUUGGAGUUAUAAAAAAAGCUACCCUAACUGAUGUACCAUUCAAACUGAAUAGUGAUGAUGGCUGGACAAGUAUGUGGAAGUUGGAAGUACCUCUUAAAGUGAAACAUUUUAUUUGGCGUGUCUGUCAAAAUAUGUUACCUACUCAGCCAAGACUCAAGGAUAAAGGAGUAGAUUGUGAUCAUUUGUGUGCUCUGUGUGGGAAUCAAUAGGAAACCGCUUGGCAUUUAUUUUUCCAAUGCUCGUCCAGUUGGACGACAUUAACGGAUCAAUGCAGUCUGCUACACAUGUUCAGCAACUGAUUUUUGCUCUGUUCAGUAGCUUACCGAAGACAAAUGCUGUCAACAUUGUUGAGAUGAUUGGAGUUAUAAAAAAAGCUACCCUAACUGAUGUACCAUUCAAACUGAAUAGUGAUGAUGGCUGGACAAGUAUGUGGAAGUUGGAAGUACCUCUUAAAGUGAAACAUUUUAUUUGGCGUGUCUGUCAAAAUAUGUUACCUACUCAGCCAAGACUCAAGGAUAAAGGAGUAGAUUGUGAUCAUUUGUGUGCUCUGUGUGGGAAUCAAUAGGAAACCGCUUGGCAUUUAUUUUUCCAAUGCUCGUCCAGUUGGACGACAUUAACGGAUCAAUGCAGUCUGCUACACAUGUUCAGCAACUGAUUUUUGCUCUGUUCAGUAGCUUACCGAAGACAAAUGCUGUCAACAUUGUUGAGAUGAUUGGAGUUAUAAAAAAAGCUACCCUAACUGAUGUACCAUUCAAACUGAAUAGUGAUGAUGGCUGGACAAGUAUGUGGAAGUUGGAAGUACCUCUUAAAGUGAAACAUUUUAUUUGGCGUGUCUGUCAAAAUAUGUUACCUACUCAGCCAAGACUCAAGGAUAAAGGAGUAGAUUGUGAUCCUUUGUGUGCUCUGUGUGGGAAUCAAUAGGAAACCGCUUGGCAUUUAUUUUUCCAAUGCUCGUCCAGUUGGACGACAUUAACGGAUCAAUGCAGUCUGCUACACAUGUUCAGCAACUGAUUUUUGCUCUGUUCAGUAGCUUACCGAAGACAAAGCUGGCUAACUUUGGGAUGUUACUUUGGAGUAUUUGGAAACAAAGGAACAAUGAAGUAUCAGACAACAUUAGUGCGCAAGUUCAGCAAGUUAUUGAGCGCGCUAAGCAGGCAAGGGAGGACUGAGUGGAAAAUGGCGAAGCACACAGACCAAAAUAGGCUUUGGAUUGCAGAAAAUCUGCAUAGCAAUUAUUGGACUAAACCCUCAGCAAGUUUGAUUAAGAUAAACACUGACACAUCAUUCCCAAGCUAAGCUCAAACUACAGGUUGGGGUGACUUUCUCGGUGCUCUAAUCUGCCGGAGUCGCUGGCCUUAUGCAGUCUGCGAUGCAGAUAGGCAAUGGGGCUGUUAUUUGGAUAUUAUGCAAUUUUUGAAGUAGACGCUCAACAAGUUGCACACAGCAUCAAGUCACUUGUGGAGAAUAUUUCCGAAUUUGGGACAUUAACCUCUCAUUGUAAGAACAUCCUUGUUAGUGAAUCAAACUAUGAGUUCAGUUUUUUAGGAGACAAGCAAACACAGCGUCUCAUUCCCUUGCACGGGUAGCCAUAUCUAAGUCUAUAGUUCCCAUUUUUAUGACUUUGUUGUACCUUUGUAUUGCCUCUAUUGUUGAUCAUGAAGGGAAAAAGAAAUUUAGGAAGAAACGCAACUCUUUCAUUUAGGGAAAAAGAAAUACUCUAAGCAUAUAUUUCAUCUUUUUUAAGUAAAACGCAACUCUUUUA